GCUUUUUAGAGUGACUGCAUUGUUCUGGGUGACUUGGCUGAAUUAUUUGUUUUUGUUUGUAAAUUGUUGCCGGAAAAAUGCCGCACGGACACGGACACUCCCAUGAUCAUGGUGGUUGCAGCCACGAGGCGACAGACGUCGAUCAUGCCUUGGAAAUGGGCAUCGAGUAUAGCCUGUACACAAAAAUCGACUUGGAUAACACGGAGUGCCUGAACGAGGAGACGGAUGGCCAGGGGAAAACCGUAUUCAAGCCGUACGAACGGCGCCGGGACCUCUCCAAGUUCGUCCAGAGCGAUGCCGACGAGGAGCUCCUCUUCAACAUACCCUUUACAGGCAAUGUGAAACUAAAGGGAAUCAUUGUAAGCGGCGCCAAUGAUGACUCGCAUCCCAAUAGGGUAAAAAUUUUCAAAAAUCGUCCCAAGAUGUCCUUUGAUGACGCCAAGGCCAAACCGGAUCAGGAGUUCGAGCUGACCCGUGACUCUCGAGGGGAAAUCGAAUACUCCCCCAAAGUGGUUACCUUCUCCUCCGUGCAUCAUUUGUCGCUAUACUUUCCCAGCAACUUUGGCGAUGAAACUACUCGAAUUUACUAUAUAGGCCUUCGCGGGGAGUUCACAGAAGCUCACUAUCAUGGCGUAACCAUCUGCAAUUAUGAAUCCCGCGCCAAUGCCGCUGAUCACAAGGAGAACGCCUUUGACGGUGUUGGUCGAGCCGUUCAAUAAAUAACGACCAGAAGUCUGUUUAUAUUUUAAAUUAUCAAUUUAAUUGAGUGUAUAUCCGUUAAUAGAAUGAGUAUGUGAUUCGGUGAA